AUGGCGGGCCUCACGGACUUGUCCUUCAUGUACCGCUGGUUGAAGAACUUCAACGUGGUCGGGGACCUCCACGAGCGGUUCGUGCUCAUCACGGGCUGCGACUCGGGCUUCGGCCACCUCCUGGCCACCCAGCUGGACCGGCGCGGGCUGCGGGUGCUGGCCGCCUGCCUGACGGAGCGAGGGGCCGAGCGGCUGCGGCGGGAGGCGUCCGGGAGGCUGCAGACGGUGCUGCUGGACGUGACUAGGCCCGACAGCGUCCGGGCGGCGGCACGGUGGGCCCGGGAGACGGUGGGCGAGCGAGGGCUCUGGGGCCUGGUGAACAACGCAGGCGUGGGACUCCCGUCGGGCCCCAACGAGUGGCUGACCAAGGAAGACUUCGCCAAGGUGCUGGACGUCAACCUCCUGGGUCUCAUCGACGUGACGCUGAGCCUGCUGCCCCUGGUCAAGCGGGCCCGGGGCCGCAUCGUCAACAUGUCCAGCUCCGGAGGUCGCGUGGUGGUCAUCGGUGGCGGCUACUGCGUCUCCAAGUUCGGCGUGGAAGCCUUCUCAGACAGCCUGCGGCGCGAGCUGCACUAUUUUGGAGUGAAGGUGUGUGUCAUCGAGCCGGGCAACUACCGCACGUCCAUCCUCGGGAAGCAGGGAGUGGAAGAGCGGAUGCGGCGCCUUUGGGAGCGGCUGCCCCAGGAGACCCGCGACAGCUACGGAGAUCAGUACUUCCAAAUCUACAGCAGGAAGCUGAAGAACGUGACCAUGCUGGCCGAGCCCAAGAUCAGCGAGGUGACGGACAGCAUGGAGCACGCUCUGACCUCCCGCAGCCCGCGGGUCCGCUACAAUCCCGGGCUGGACGCCAAGCUGCUCUACCUGCCGCUGGCCAAGCUCCCGACAGCCAUCACGGACUUUAUCCUCAGCCGCUACCUCCCCCGGCCUGCUGACAGCGUCUAG